UUCCAUAGUAUUCCAUAGUAUUCCGCAUCGCCAGGGAUUUGCUGCAGGAAUUUUGAGGCCAGGUUCAAUGAUUGAUGCUGGCAACUCUGCAACCUAUGGCGCCAUCUCGGCUGCUCCUACCGUCUCAACUUUGACACUGCUUUCUGGUCGACACCCGAUGCUUGCGAAGGAGUUGAAGACGGCUGUGGACAAAGUGGUGGAAGCGAAUCCAUGCUUGUCCGCCCGUGUGGUGAAUAAAGACAACCGGAUGUUGCUUGAACCUGGAGUUCACAAAGAUAUCUUCUUUCGAGUGGUUGAUCCACCCAAGGAAUGCCCAUUGAUUGGCAGCUUGGAUUUGAAAGGCAAACUUCAAUUUCUCCAGAACCUGGAGCAGAAUUUUACAAAUCCGGGAACAGCAAUGAACACCAUCAAAAGUGGAUGUCAAGUUUUCUUGGUGGAGUUGAUGACCUUUCCGGAGCCUUAUGUUUGCUUCGUGAUCCACUUGUCGCACUUGGUGGGUGAUGCGAAGACGUUGUAUGACAUCGUGAGUCAGUUGAAUGCCAUCUUAGCUGGGCGACAAAUUGAAGCUCUUGACUGGGAAUGUCCAGCUCGAAACAAUUUUGAGUUGCUUCCGUUGUCUUUAAAGGAUCGACAAAAAGUGAUCAAUUGGGGCUGCUUUGGCUGGCUCGGACAGCUACUGUUUGGUCCUAAGCGUCAGAAUCACGUGUCCUUGCUGUCUAAGAGCCAAAUUGAACAAGAGAAGGAACGACAGAAGACCUCCAAGAGUAAGUUCCUGUCAUCCAACGAUAUCAUCACUGCUGCCCUGAGCCGAUCCAUCAAGAAUUCCUACGUCAUGAACGUUGCAGUGAACAUGCGAAACAAGGCUGGUGUGCCUGGAAAUGUGGCUGGAAAUUAUUGGCAUUCGGUUCCCAUGGAUCACCAAGCCGCCGCAGAUCCCAAUACAAUCAGAGAAUUUCUGCCGAAAUUGGAGUAUUACAAGGAUGGUGAAGUUCCCUGUUGGCCCUUCUUUCGGGGCCGCUACAGCUUCAUCACCAACUGGACCAGUUUUACAACGCCAUUCCAAGUGGAGGGCUUGACCUUGGACUGUCACGCGGUACAUGGAAACUUCCUGCGGGAGAACCCGACCAACGUGGCUGUGGUGUUCCACUGCGCCAAAGACACGAUGGCUUUGAGUCACAAUGUGCCAGCCACCAACAUCGAUCCAACUGGCCUAGGUGCCAUAUGCCAAUGAGAGGCGGAGCAGUUUGAGUCUUUGAUAUCAAAUUUGUCAAAUGCAGCGACGCUGAUCUGCGACACAUUGAGUUCAGGUCAAGGAAUCAAGGACUUUUGAGGGCCGAAUGGCAAGUUUUUCGUGGAAAAAA